GCCCUGUCGCCCGCCGACACGAGCACACAGGCACACGAGCUCAAGCAUUAGCGAUCGAUCGGCCAGGGCCCCAGGCGCCUGUGCGAACCAUCCUUCGUCGUGACUUCCCCUUGUGUAACCGCGGCUCUCCGUAGUGGUGUCUGUGGAUGGUCGGCCGGCCGGAAUUUGCUCCUGCACGCCACUACAUAAAAUCUUGGUUGGGAAAAAGGCUCUUCCAGUCCCGUCAGCCCAGGCCAUUUAUUUACACCACCUUCCAAGCUUCUUUGUUUGUUUUCCUCCUCCCGGCUUCCCAUCUUCAUUACUCUACAUCGGCCUGCCUGCAGCCUACAUCUCGUCUCCAGUCCACUACAUCCCGUCGCCAGCUUGUGCCCAUAUCCCCCUUGAGCACAAUGGCCUCCCUCGGCGGCUACGAGAACCGCCACAAGGUGGCCGUCAUCGGCUCCGGCAACUGGGGUUCGACCGUCGCCAAAAUCGUGGCCGAGAACACGCUCGAGCACCCAGAGGUGUUCGAGAAGGAUGUCCAGAUGUGGGUGUACGAGGAGAAGGUCGUCAUCUCGCAGGACUCGCCCUACUACGAUGCCUCGACCGGCGACCAGCCCCAGAAGCUCACCGAGGUCAUCAACACGCACCAUGAGAACGUCAAGUACCUGCCCGACGUCAAGCUGCCCGCCAACGUAGUGGCCAACCCCUCUCUGGUCGACACCGUCGCCGGCGCCUCCAUCCUGGUCUUCAACCUCCCCCACGAGUUCCUCGGAAACGUGUGCAAACAGAUCAAGGGCCAGAUCCUACCCUUCGCCCGCGGCAUCUCGUGCAUCAAGGGUGUCGAUGUCUCGGAGGACGGCAUCAACCUCUUUUCCGAGGUCAUUGGAGAGAGCCUCGGCAUUUACUGCGGCGCCCUGUCUGGUGCGAAUGUCGCUAGCCAGAUUGCCCUGGAACAGGCUGUUUGUGAGACCACGAUUGCCUACGACCCGCCUCCGAUGGACAACAGUCGCGCGGCGACUCCGCGGGACCGCUCGCCCGUCGAUAUCACUGUGCCCGACUUCAAAAUCACGGCGGCCGACUCCGAGGGCAAUGGUGACAGAGGCCGCAAGACCAAGACCAAGCUUACACCUGUGCCUGCGUCCUAUCCUCCGCUGGACCACGAGACGCUCCAGGUUCUGUUUGACCGCCCUUACUUCUCGGUCUCGAUGGUGUACGACGUGGCGGGUGUAUCCAUCAGCGGCGCGCUCAAGAACAUCGUCGCGCUAGCCGCCGGGUUCGUCGACGGCAAGGGAUGGGGGUCCAACGUUCAGGCGGCGGUCAUCAGGGUAGGCUUGGCGGAGAUGCUCAAGUUCGGUCUCGAGUUUUUCGGGAAGUCUUUGAACCCCUUGACCAUCUUGCUAGAGAGCGCUGGAGUUGCGGACGUCAUCACCUCCUGCAACAGUGGCCGCAAUUUCCGAUGCGCCAGCAUGGCCGUCAACCGCGGCGUCUCGGUCGCCGAGAUCGAGGAGAAGGAGCUCAAUGGCCAAAAGCUUCAAGGAACCUCGACUGCCAAGGAGGUCAACAACUUCCUCAAGGCUCGCAGCCGCGAGGGCGACUAUCCCCUCUUCACGACCGUCAAUGACAUUCUUGAAGGCAGGGCCAACGUGGACGACCUCCCCGCCCUGGUCAUUCGCCAGAAGCACAUGAUAAAGAAAGAGGGCAAGAAAUAGGUGUUUAGACUAUAGACUUGGAUUAGGCCCAAUGACGUUACGACAGGCGUUCCUCCCCUUGGAUUUGUUUUAUAUUAAUAGCUAGUUGGGUGGAGGGAUCAACAUACCGUAUUACUUGCGGACCAGAUGUUACCAAAGCAGCCACUGAGAGUGCGCCGUUUUUUCUGUCUUGUAGGCCAGAAGCAUGAUAUGAUGAUGCCUGUUGAUGCUGUUUUCUGACAUAUAUCCUAUUCCAUCCCGUG